AUGCAGCUGAAUAACAAUGUGACUGAGUUCAUUCUACUUGGGUUAACACAAGAUCCAUUUAGGAAGAAAAUAUUAUUUGUUGUGUUUUUAAUUUUUUAUAUGGGGACACUAUUGGGCAAUUUGUUGAUUAUUACUACCAUCAGGACCAGCCAGACACUUGGUAGCCCAAUGUAUUUUUUCCUGUUCUAUUUAUCCUUGUCUGACACCUGUUUCUCUACAACAAUAGCCCCUAGAACGAUUGUGGAUUCCCUUCUGAAGGAGGCCACGAUUACUUUCAGUGAGUGCAUAAUCCAAGUCUUUACAUUCCAUUUCUUUGGCUGCCUGGAGAUCUUCAUCCUCAUCCUCAUGGCUGUUGAUCGCUAUGUGGCCAUCUGUAAGCCCCUGCACUACAUGACCAUCAUGAACCAUCGGGUCUGUGGUGUUCUGGUGGCGGUGGCCUGGGUGGGAUCCUGUGUACAUUCUUUAACUCAGAUUUGUUUGGCCUUGAGUUUGCCUUUCUGUGGUCCCAAUGAGAUUGAUCACUACUUCUGUGACUUACAGCCCUUGAUGAAACUUGCCUGUUCAGAUACCUAUGUGAUCAACCUGCUCCUGGUGUCCAAUAGUGGGGCCAUUUGUACAGUGAGUUUUGUCAUGUUGGUGGUUUCUUACAUCAUUAUCCUUCGUUCAUUGAGAAACCACAGUGCAGAAGGGAGGAGGAAAGCCCUCUCUACCUGUGUCUCUCACAUCAUUGUGGUUGUCUUGUUCUUUGGUCCAUGCAUAUUUAUAUACACCCGGCCUGCAACCACCUUCCCCAUGGAUAAGAUGAUAGCAGUGUUUUACUCAAUUGGGACACCUUUGCUCAACCCUCUGAUUUACACACUGAGGAAUGCAGAGGUGAAGAAUGCCAUGAGAAAGUUGUGGAGCAAGAAACUGGUCUCAUAUGGUAUAAAAUAA